CUUUAGAGCGCAUCAGGUAUCAUAGCACUCAAAUAUUUUUACUGUUGAGUCUGUUACCUGAUGUGGUGGAACGACUUGUUUAUUUUUAAGACCGAGACAGGGAUUACGGACUGGUAUCUCUUAGUACAAGUUGUCAGUCCGGCUGAUAGCGAGAAGUCGGACGAAGAUCAGAUCCAAGAUCCUUGUCUUCUAGGUUGGGGGAUGUAUGCAGGGCCAAGACACCCGACACGACUUUCUGCGUGCACACAAUCGGGCAGGAAUCGACCAUUGUAAAGUUAUUUUAUGCUUAACCGUGUAUAAGUUAUGUUUGAAUUCGUUUUAAAUCAGCUUCUUGCGAUGGAUUUCAUGCAAUUUUACGUGGAUGAACUUCUGGGCCAUUACAUAUACCAUGUAUACAUUAAUAUUCCUAUCGUCUUACACAUGAUUUGUGCGAGUUAAUCACAAGGCAUGUGACAUUCACGAUCAGAUAUACACGUACAUCAGUGGAGCGUCAAAGGAAUUUAGUUUUCUGGGUCAGACAGACUAUUUGAUGAUACCUAUUGACGUCAUUAUUAUUGGUUUUUUCAAGUAUUGACCUAAAUACGAUUGUGGUAACUAUUUGUCGAUGAGUAUAUCAAGUUUAAUACAUAGUCCAAUACUUUUUCGCGGUUAGCAGGUGGUCAGCUUGCAAUUAGAGAGCAAGUAGUAGCAGUUGUAGCAACCACUAGGUAAUUUGCGAUGGCGGAGAGCAGCUUGAGCACUGAGUUUGAGUGUGUCGUCUGUUCCGAUGAGCUGACACAGCCAAAAUUCAUUGGUCCCUGCAACCACACAUUCUGUAAGAACUGCAUCGAUAAGUAUUGGGUGUCUCUUGGGAGGCCGAGAACAAUUCCUUGUCCACAUUGUCGCCAAAAAUGUCGGAUCCCGCAAAAUGGAAUAGAUAAACUGAAUGAUAACUUCAUGUUAUCAAGCAUCAUGGAGACGUAUCGCGAGCAGCGACAGAGGACUGGGAAGCCGGUGCAAGUGAAAUGCAUCCUGUGUACGAAUGGGGCAUCAUCUUUAUGCAAAGAUUGCGAUUUCAAAUUGUGCCCUGGAUGCAAAGGACAGCAUGACCAUAACCCCGAUACGCGUGACCAUGAGUUGUUCGGCCUGUGUCCCGCCCAUGGCAACGGGCUGCUAUUCUUCUGUAAUCCUUGCAAACAGGCUGUUUGCAGUGGUUGUCGAGUAUCUUAUCACAACCAGGGCGACCACGAUGUGAAGCCAAUCCGUCCAGUUGUUGGCGACCUAGUGUGUAGAAUUCAGGCCUUUUCUUCUGAAUUAGAAAACGCAAUAAGGGCACUGAAUACAGAAGACAGAGGGAAGUUGAUGCAGUUGCUUGUACUUGUCAAACAGAAGUCACGUCUUGCAGAGGUUCAAGCGACUGCCAGUACCGAAAGAACUAUAGUUGACAAGAAGAAAGAAAUUCGGUGUCUCGGUGCGGAAAGUAAGGGUAUACAAGUGGAAAUCGACCUCUUAGCGAAUAAAAAAGAGGCGCUGGAUGAUAAGACAAAACGGCUUGUCGAAGAUGUUGAUCAACUCGAGAAAAAGAAAACGACACUCAUCGCACACGUAAGAGAGAGAUUCGAAGGGUCAGCUGAGAAGAUCAAUCAGCGUCUUCGAUUCAUUGACACCAGUGUGAAGGAGAUGAUGAUGAGGUCACAGCAGGGCCGGGCCAUGGGAUCAACCAAAAUCACCAUUGAUACCGAGAGCAUUGCCAGCCUGACCAGCAUCAGUCACGAACUGGAAGAACUUGUCAGAUCUUCUCGGGAAUGUGACACGCCGGCUCUGGUAGAGGAAAUUAAAAGACAUAUCGGUGGAUUAGUUCUUCACGUCGCUGGUACAGGGCAGGAUCUGGAGGGUGUGUGGGGUAGUCAACGUGUCAAAGGAAGUGAUGAAACAAAGCGAGAAUUCAAACAAAUGAAGAAGGUGAGCGACCUACACUUUCCAAGAGAUCAGCCUUUUGAAAUCGUGUCUAAAGUAAAACUAACACUUGGCAGCAAUCUGGCCACAUUACGUAGAUCUGAAAGUGCAUCCGGUGCCGAUGCAAUAUUUUUCCAUGACAGGGUAUCUUCUACAUUUACUCACAAAAUAACAGUGGGUGUCCACCCUGCUUAUGAUAUGACCGUCUCGUCCACUGGCGACUUGGUGGUGGUUAGAGGUGAACAAAAUCCGCCAAUCCGAGUAUUCAAUCCCAAAAGUGGAGCAUACCGUGAUGUUAACAUUAACAAAGAGGUGAUUGAUAAGCUGCAUUUUGUUGAGACGGAUGAGUCGGAAAACAUGUUCGUUUCAAGUGGACGUCACCUUUGUGUUCUGAACCACAAUGGAAUCAUCAUUCAGCAUGUUGAAUUAAAUGAAAUUACUUUCAACAUGGCCUUCUGUGCAAAGAGUAGAGUCCUCAAUAUUGCUGCUGAAGCCAGAAUCCUGAGGUUCCGAUGGAGGAAUUACCUCCUAGAGGAGAUUUCACCAUCUUCACACGGUGUGGAAGGUUUCCUUUGUUGUGAGGUGUGCAUUGGUAGUGGUGGCGAGGUACUGGUUGUUGGUGAGAAGGAGACGGAGGUCGUGAUCUAUCAGGUUACAGAAGGCACAAACGAGGAGGACUUUGUGUGGCGGCAGGUUACCUAUCAAGGCAGUGUGAGAGCGAUAAGUAUUUCGCCUCCGCACAUUUACAUUAAAGACAAUAACAUCUGGCUUGGACAUGAUGACAAAGUCGAGAAGUUCCAGUUGUUAUGUACCGGUGAACAAUAGACCAACCAUCAGUGUCACAGAGUACAACGGGGCUGGGUGCUUAAGGAACCAUCCCUUGGAUUGUGAUUGUAUGAAAAACUAUCAGUGCGAAUUUCUUGAAACUUGCAUUGAUGGCACAAUGGGCCAAGUCAUUAAUUAUGGUAAAGCAAUUGAUUGACCUUGACCAAUUAUUUCCUUUUGUCUCGCUUAUAACCCCCAAAAAUUGGAGAAAUAGUGGGAAUUUUACAGUGAACAUAUUUUUUUCUCCAUAGUGUGGAUUCUCUGCAGAAAGAUACAAUGUGUUUUAUGAGUUUAGGCCUUAGUAAAUUUUAGGUCAAUUUUCAUGGCUUACUCAUCGUAUAAUAUGCAAUCAUACAUUCCCUCUUCUGAAGUUCACACGCAAAAGCAAACACCAAAUUGUACAUGUAGAAUGGAGGAAUGUUUUAAGCACUCUGUACGAUAUGUACUGACAUGAGGUCUGCAGUCAGAAUGUCAGCAUGUCAAUUAACUGAUUAGCCAACAAAUGGAGCAAAUUGACGAGCUGCAAAGAAUACAUUAUCUGUGUAGUGGAAUAUGGGGCACCUUAUCAGGGGUUUUGGUUUUAUUUAGGACGGUCACUGAAUGACAUUUUUAUAAAGGACUGUUUGAUAAUGACGUGAAGACGUUGUCCUUGGUAUACGGAGGUGUCACUGUAUAAAGCGAUCAUGUGAUAUAGAAAAUGGGUAUUUGGGUUAAAAACCCUUUCGAUACACUAGAUAGGGCGUAGUGCUAUAGAGGUGUACUUCAAGGGCGGUUCCCCAAAUGUUCUUUCGUUGAAAAUAACAACUAGGUCAGUCGACCAAUGAAAUGUUGUGAGCACUAUUACUUGUUACACUUUAAGGAACACACCCAUACCCCGUUCAACUGUGAUGCACGGCCGGCCGUUUUGUUCAUUUCAAAGAAAAACAAAAAAAUAUGAUUUUAGGCAUAGCCUUACUUAAAUCAACUUGCACAUUCCCUGUUUGUUUCACUGAUCAGAACAACAAACUAUUUGGGCAAUUGCGCGCAGUCCCAGCAAUGAAAACAACAAACAAAAGCAAAUCCAUGGAGCUCAUCAAGACAUGAUUUUAGUCUUCCAGAAACAUGGAAAAGAAAAACCGGGAAUUCUUGUGCACGCAUGAAGUAUGUUAUCAUGGUAAUAUGAUACUUGUCCUAUUAUUAUUAUUAUAGUUAGUAGUUAUUCAAAGAAUGUGGUUCACCAUCAAAGAGAAAGCGUUGGCAAAAUCAUGGCAAAUGCUUAUGUCACACACUUUGUGUCGGGUUUCACAAAGGCAAGAAAAGUAGAUAUCCUGUUGAUGAUCGAUCACCACUCGUACUCACCACCACACACUCAAAACAAUAGCGCGCAGAUGACUCAAAGGGAGCUCGACAUCACAGCGUUCCUCUCAUAUCACUUGAAGGAAACGCUUUCCGUUAUUACCACAUGUAAGUGCAAUGAACUUCAAAUCUAGUGCCUCCUUCGUAUUUUAAGACUGAAUUAUAGGACUUUUCGUUAUGAUAAAACUGUAUACACGUCCCGAAGCCUCCCCCAUGAACUGUUGACAUUUUUUCGCAAUAAAUGAAACAUACAUUCGAGGACAAAACGUAUUUGCCAAAAAUUUGCGGUUUGUAUACACCACGUGUCCAAAAAUAAGAACUGCUAAACCGAUUGAUAGAUAGCACACAGAGAGCUCUGAUCAGCCAAAAUUGACAAGAAAGAGCUUCAACGAUACUUCAGCAAUACAGUCACAUUUUAUAACAAUCGGAUACCUGUCCUAUAAACUUGCCUCUGUUGGUCCUUCACAGUGUGUACCGUCAAUGGGCAAUCUCUAUUCAUCUUACAGACAAACGUAUUAUCAGGCUAAAGCGCCGACGCUUAACAAAAUAUAGAGAUCCAAGGCGCUGCUGACUUAUUCAAAGCAACCAUUUGAAUACGCUGAAGGCACCCUUGUUCAUUUCACAGUGUCACGCAUACAGACUCGCGAUCGGACGGUUUGUCUCGAGUUAAGGAUAAGGCUACUCAGGCAUUGUCAGGUCCAAAUCUGCUGUUUGACCAAUCUGAUGGA